UUCAGUAUACUCUACCAUGAACUCAGCACUCCCAGGAGUAGAACUCUGGGAGACCCUAGCUGCAGAGAUUCAAACGUUAGCUGACACCAAUCUUCAAAUAAUUGCAAAAUCUCAACUUCAGAUUAAAAAGAGAAAAAAGAGAGCAGAUUGUCCCGGGGGAACAGGAAAGUAUGGGUUUAAUUCCUACAAUUUGCUGACAUCAAUGCUACUGGGGUUCAACACUGUAUCCAACCUUUACGCAAAUCUGAACAACAACAAUCAGAAUAACAACAACAACAACAACGACAACGAUUUCGGAUCUGUGCAGGCGAAUGCAAACGAUGUUUCUGUGUCAAACAAUUACAUGUCAUUGGUGAUUACUAUUGUUCCUCCGAUAGGACCUCCCAUCCCUGUGAUAGUUGGACGGGCAUUACAGUCUGGUUCAGUAUUCCUGGAUAAACGAUUCAAAAGACCUGGAGUAUUCCUGGAGGAUCAAACAAAAAAGGGAAUUACAAAAAAAAACUAUAUUUUUCUUCUAUUGAGAGAAAAGAUCAAAUCAUACUUAUUUUCAAUUAUUUAA